AUGGCAGAGGUCUCUCGAGCCGCCUCGGAACCCCAAAUCGCCGCCUUGGUUGCUCGCAGCCUCACCUCGUUUAAAGCGCUCACCUCGACGCUGCAAGGUGACCAUCCCCGAGCCUUGCAAGCCAGCUCUUGCCUGGCGAGGUUUAAACUGUGGGCUGGAAACCUAGGAGCCCGUCGCCCAUCCGGGAGUCGUUCGCUCGAGUACCGUCUACGCGACGCCUCCAACAUCCGCAAGUUGGUCAUCUCCCUGCUCCAGGAUCUCUGCACCCUCGUCGCCAACGGAGGCAGCAUCCCCGACACAAUCAGCGAGAACCAUGAUGAGGUGGAAGACGACCUAGCCGACUACUUCAACGAGGACGAAGACUCUGACAGGUCCGAGGUUGAGCAGAUACUUGAUGAGAUUGCUCACGUGGUAGACUGUCUUCUCCGUUUAUCUGUCACAAUACGCAAUCCAGCGCCUCACGACCAGUUCCUGUCUCGGGCGGGGGAGGGCCUCGUCAAGGAAUUCGUGUACUGGGAUGCCAAGCACGUCCAGGACAAGUUCCCAAAUGUGGACAAAGUCCUUGCAGACAGACUGGGCAGGGCUAUGGCCCGUAGGCGGCAGUAUUUCAAGUAUCGGGAGGAGCACAAGAGCCGCCUGGCCGAGGGCUUGGACGAGGACGAGGCCGACUUUGGAGGGCGAGCGACGACCGUCGCUUCAUCUAUCCCUGAGCAUCUAAAGGAGGCAGGCAAGAGCACUGAGUCUGGUGUGACUCAGUUUGCCAUGCUGGAUGAUGGCCGUUCUGAUGCCUCGGCGACGUCGUAUGCGACCUCAAGUCCUGAUUCGACCCAGCUGCGAGUCCCGCCAAUACCGAAGGAGCACAUCGACGGGUCGUUCAAGUGUCCUUUCUGCCACAUGAUAGUCUCGAUAGACACGAGACAUGCCUGGAAGAAGCACGUUUUCAGAGAUCUGCGACCAUAUGUCUGCCUCUCAGAGGCCUGUCGGGCACCAGAUCACCUCUAUAUGCGCCGCAACGACUGGAAGAUAUGCGAUGCAGAAUUCGACAGCGCCAAGGGCUUUCACAGUCACGUCAAGACAGCCCACGAGCAGAAUGUAUCUCUCGAGAAGAUGCACGCGCUAGAGGGUCUCAGCAGCCGCGCAGACAUAGCGAAUGCCAAAGGUCGAUGCCCUCUGUGUUAUGAUUUCCAAAUCGAGUCCGAGAAGCAGGGGGGAGGCGAUGAUGACGAGGAUGGGAAUGAAGACAAGGAGGAAGAGAGGCUCGACGAUGGAGAUGAAGAUGACGACGACGACGACGAAGAAGAUGAGGAGGAGGAUUGGCUUGUAACGGACGACCCUGGAAGCAAGGUUGCUGAUCAACAACAGAAAGCUGAGGCUGAAGCCUUCGACAAGCUGAAUAGAGAGGCCCAAGAAUCUCGAGAAAUUCACCAAGUCGCGAAGAAGGCCGCCGCCGACGGCGAUGAGGAGGCACUGGCCGAGGCGGUAGCCAAUUUUGAAGAGGAAUCGAAGAUGGUUGCAGCCGUAGUUGAGGCUAGGGGAGCCGCAGAGAAGGCUGCCCAGGAGCUGAAGGAGAAGAUUCAGAAGGAGACCAAGGCGAAGUCUGAGGAGAGCAAGAAGGCCGAGCAGGCCCCGAUCAGAUUUAAGGACGCUGUUGGUCGGCAUUUUGCCUUCCCUUUCCGGCUUUGCGCGACUUGGCAGGGCAUGGAGGACCUCAUCAAGCAAUCGUUCCCACAAGUUGAGGUUGUAGGGCUUCAUGUUGUGGAGGGCCGCUACGACCUGAUCGGCCCUGACGGCGAAAUUAUCCUUCCCUCUGUUUGGGAGAAGGUGGUUCAGCCGGACUGGGCCAUCACUAUGAGAAUGUGGCCGGGGUACGAGAUGCCUCCAUCCCGCACCCGCUGGACUCAUCAGCCUGUGCAGUCCCCGGCCCCGGCUCCUGGGAAGGAGGAUCCUGAGAAGAUCCGAUUGGAGGCUGAACUUACUACCUUUAAGGCAAUGGAGGAAGAGCAAAAGGCUGCGGAGAAGCAAAAAGAGGUUGAGGCUCAAAUCCGCAAGGAGGCCGAAGAGGCCUUCCGGCGUCGGAUGGAGGCAAUGAGGAUUGCUCAAGAAGAAGCCAAGGAGGAGAUCGAAAAGGUAAAAAUUGACGCUAUAAGGGCCGCCCGCGAGAGGAUGGAGGCUGAACGAAAGGCUGAGGACGAGGCCAGAGCGAGACUCAAAGAAAAGCCUCAAUGGAUGGAUGAGGCAAAGAUGAGGGCUGCCGUGGAAAAGAGCAAGGGAGAGGAGGAAGAGGCCUUUAAGAGGUUCGAGGAACUGGCCCGCCUCGACUUUGAAAAUGCUAUGCAGGAAGAGAACCAGGCGUGA